ACGAAUGUCCAUCGACAUACAGCCUUUAUUACUCUUAAACGUCGCUCACACUGUCACACUUUCCAUCAUUACAAGGAGAAAGCCAGUAAUCCACCACUCUACAUCCAGUCAAUACAGCAGUAUUCAGUCGGCCCCCCUUCGCAGCCCCUUCUUGCCCGUUUGACCAUUGCUAUUCCAUUCUGCUAACCGCUUACUCGCUUAAAGCCCACCUUCCAGAGUCAACAUCUUAUCCAAAACUCUCUUUCAGUUGCUUGAAUCUUGGCCAGUUUAGUCAUGAGCUCGCCGUACCCUGUCACCCUCAGCUCCGACAACUUGGAGUCGAUCAUCUUGUCGAAACAGCCGGACUAUCUCGGCACGUACGACGACUACAAACCGCUAUACUCAGAUAGCUUCAAGGAGAACCAGAAAGCUGAAGAAAACGAAUUGACCGACUUUAGUUACCCCAAGAAGCUCCCGAAGAUGCACUCGUUCCAGCACCUUCCGUUCGAGGACAAAGUUGCUCUGAACGGUUUAUAUCCCGCCAUGGACUUUGACACCGUAAAGUCGCAGGAGAGCACCGCACGUACGGGUCAGAUAUCUAACUCCACAACUAUGUCGUCAUUCGACUCGAUCCCGAUGCUAUCGCACUCGAUUUCGGCUAAUUCGUUGCAGUUCUCCCCAGGAAACCUCACGCAGAUUCCCGAGCUGUCUUCCACCACUAUGGCCACGCCCAGCCGCGGCCGCAACCGCUCCGCCUCGAUGUACACUACGCCGUUACGCUUGAUUACCUCGCCGCCCAACGUGGUCACUUCGUCCAAGGUCGGCAAGACCCCUAGACGUUUGACUCCAGGUGGAGUCCUUACAACAUCCACAUCCUCAACCCAUUUGAAGGGUCACACCCACAAGCGCUCGGAAAAGAUCUUGACGGCGUUUUCGGGCCACGCGCGAACCCCGUCCGCCGGAAAUCCGUUCUAUACCCCCCGGCUCCACAUUUCUCCGGAUUCGCCCGAAAUGACGCCCAGGGCCAUGCCCACUCUCCACAAGAAGCUCAGCUACGGAAAAGGGGAUGAGGAAUUGGGGCUGAGCCUUUUGGUGAAAAGGAAGGAUGACUUGAAACUCAGCUUCAGUCUCGAUUCCAUUGCGUCAUCCAGGGAGAAGGACGAUGACGAAGAGAGCUUGUACGAUGAGGACACGAUAAACGAUAUGACCAUCCUGGAAGACACACACAACACGUCGUUCCUCGAAGCCAAGGAGGAAAAUACGGACACAAGGAACGUUUUGGAGAAGAUGGACUCUCACAUUGGGCCUGACAAGUCGAUGUUGCACAACCAGCAGAUGUUGCAGCAGCAGUUCUUCCUCCAGCAGCAACUUCUCCAGCAACAGCAGUUACAGUUGCAGCAGAUGAAGAUGCCAAACUUGUACCAGAACCAGUGUCCUCAGUCGGCCCCGUUUUCGCCCCACAACCCGUCCCAAUUUACUCCGUUUAACCCCUUCUUCCACCCACCGGGGCCUCAGCGGUUUUCGAGCGGACCUGUGCCGACGUAUACCCACGGUCCGGGGUUUCUUUCCAGAUCGCAGUCCUCAAUCAGCCUUGCCUCGAUGACCGCCGACUCGCCGCUUAACCCACUCGCCACGCCCCCAGCGACGGCCGAGAUGGACUACACCGUGAUGAACGAGUACAUGCUCCAGCAGCAGAUGCUCCAGCAGCAGAUGCUCUUCCAUGGCCCUGUCUUUGCAAACGUCCCGACCGCCGUGGACAAGAAGAAGAACCAGGAGUGCCCGCUCUGCAAGAUGCGCUUCUUGCGCCCGGAGCACGUGAAGCGGCACUUGAAGUCGCAUUCGUCCGCCAAGCCGUUUUUGUGCGAUGUACCAGACUGUGGAAAGCGGUUCAAUCGGAAGGACAACAUGAAGGCACACUUGCGGAAGAUCCAUGGUUUGGAUACCAAGCAGCCGAUAGAGGGCCAGUUUUUGGUCAAGAGCGACAGCGAUAUUAGUCUUGAGAAGGACAAGUAGUUAGUAAUGAAGUUGAUUUUUAACGUGUAAUUGAAAGUAGCUCGGAGGGUGGCCAUUUUUCAGAGCAG